UAAAGAUGUAAACUUUACAUUCUGCUUUUAAGAUUGACAUGUUAAUGAUGUAUAGUAACAGUACUGUACAGUAAUGUAUGACCAGUUGGGUACAAUAAUUGUUUGUUAAAAUCACAGGUGCUUGAGGUUAAAAUGUAAUUGGAUUCUUUAUGAAACUAUAGUAUAUGGUUCGCCAAAUUAGCAUUUUGACCAGGUUAACAAAAAACAACAACAAUUUUUCUAUGACAUUAAAAUAGCCGUUCUAAUUCACCAAUUAAUUGUAACCACGCCCUACCAGGUCUGGGGGAUAGUCUAGUCAUUUUAGAAUGACUAGGGGAUAAUCCAAAUAAUUGUAUGUUGACAGAUUUUUUUACGAUUUGAUAUGGCUAAUCCUUCACGUACAAAUUGUUUUGUACCAAAAGUGGGUAGUUAUUCCGAUCAUGUUUCCUGGUUAAAGCAUAUUGCGUCAAUAAAAUAUCAUAUAAACAAUAAAUAUUACCAGAUAAUGUUAUUUCGUAUUAGUUCCGUACACCAAAAAAAAAUAUCCAACGAAUAAUUAUGAGUGCUGUGUUUUUUUUCAUUUCAUACCGUCAAAACAUAACAAUAUAUAUACAUGAAGGGCACCUGCAAGGCUGGGUUCACAGUUUUACAACAAUUGGAACACCUCGGGGGAUGCCGAGUUGUUACGAUUAGAUUUAUGAGGUGAUGAAGCGUAAUGGCAGCCCAAAGAAGAUGCAGAGGACAGAACAGAUGUGUCAUAUAUCCAAACCUAACAACCUAAGUAUGGACAUUGCAAUUUGUGCAGGCAACUCGGAUGUUCACAAUGGUCCAGCUCAUUAUUAUGAGGACAUUGCCCCAAGUUCAAACAUUGGCAACUCUGAUGUUCACAAUGGUCCAGCCCAUUAUUAUGAGGACAUUGCCGCGAGUUCAAACAUUGGCAACUCGGAUGUUCACAAUGGUCCAGCCCAUUAUUAUGAGGACAUUGCCCCGAGUUCAAACAUUGGCAACUCUGAUGUUCACAAUGGUCCAGCUCAUUAUUAUGUGGACAUUGCCCCGAGUUCAAACAUUGGAGUUAAGCACCAUCCAAGGAAGUGACAAAGAACACCUUGAAGCCAAACCCCAGCUGUGGAAACUGGUAUACAGAAGUGCUUCAGGUUACAGAAACGCCAUUCCAAGUUGGAUUAAGAGACUGUUAUCAAGCAAAACAAAUGUUUACAUAGAAGGUCUUUGACAGUGGUAAACAGGAUUGACAGCUACAGCAACGCUGAAUUAUUAUCACCAGUGUUGUGGUUUGUGUCAUGGUUUUGUUAAAGUAAGGAAUCAGUCUUUAUGUGAAGUGUCUAGGCCGCAUAUUUCAAAAUUCAGCUUUUGAGAUUUUUGUGUAGCAAACACCAUAUCUUACAACACAGAUGUAUAACUCUAAGUAUUGAUCAUGAAACAUAUGUGAAUAUAUAGAAAGAGUAGUCAAAUAAAAUGACAUCAUCUAAUCAUUUUUAUUUUGGGUGUGUAAUGUGAAAAUGGCAUGUACUUAAAUAAAUGAACAUAUUUUUAAAAUAGGCAUUUUUAAUCAUAUGUCAACUAAAUAAUAAUAAUGUAUCGUUUAUUUGACCAAGGUGUAAUGUAGUUGAAAUUUCUUUUUUUAUAUUUUUAUAUGCAAUUAUCUGCACUAGUCACUGUAAUAUUUGGUUUGAUGAAUUACAUGUAUCAUGAUGUAGAAAUAAAGGAUAAAUGUUU